UUCACUUCUGCCGUCUGUCUUCUAGCUCCUGACGCACAUGAGGGAUCUGGGAUUGGAAAAGCCAACUUCUUCCACUUACAUUUCUGGAUCAGUUCUCUCCACCUGCAUCACUGCAUGACAGACACAGAGAUGAGCGAUCAGAAAGUGAUUUAUUCCACCCUGAGAUUUCUUUCGUCUCCUUCAGAGUCACAAAAUAGAGUAAGGCCAGGUAGGACUCAAAGGCCUGGGAAAACUAAUGACAAAGAGUUUCCAGUGCCCUGGUGUCUCAUUGCAGUGAUUCUUGGGAUCCUGUGUUUACUACUAUUGGUGACAGUCGCAGUGUUGGGGACAAAGAUUUUUCAGUAUAUUCAAGAAAACCAUCAGCAGAGGGAAAAGAUAGGAAACUUGAGUCAAGAGUACCAAACUGUGCAAAAUGACAGCUGCCUCAAGAAGCAACUUUUGACAGCUAAGACUUUAGAAGAUUACACUCCUGCAAAUGAAAGCCUUCUGCAUAAAAUGAGACAGAAUUUUAAGCAAAGGAGAUGUUAUAAAAUAGAAGACAGACUCUAUGAAAACCACUGGUCCUGUUAUGGAAUAAAUUGUUACUAUUUUAUUUCUGAAUGUAAAACCUGGAACAGAUGUAAUCGGACUUGCCAAAGCUAUAAUUCAUCUCUUCUGAAGAUAAAUGAUCCAGAUGAACAGACCUUCAUUCAAACCCACAUUUGUAAGAAUAACUACUGGAUUGGAUUAUCAUAUAGUGAAAGAGAAGGAAAAUGGAAAUGGAGUGACAGUGACCCACUUCCGGGGAGGAACUAUGCACUCAUGAAUUUUUCUGGGAGAGGACAAUGUGCAUUUUUAUCGUCAACAAGAAUAACAACUAUUGAGUGCUCUCGUGUGUACGGUUGUAUCUGCGAGAAGACAAUUGAUGAUAUUUUCUCCCCCUGCUUCAAUAGUAAUAAGAAGAAAAGGUGAAAUGGGAUUUUGUAAUUUUUUUUGUUUAUUG